AUCAAAUGGUGCAUUCGCAUCCAUUUUAUUUUCAUUGUGAAUGUGAAAGUGGUGAAAAAUCGCGGCUAUAUUUUCCAUUAGAAGAAGCAGAAGAGACGACACAAAGCACAACGCAAGGCAAACAGCGAGCGGAAAGAUAAAGCACAAAAAUCAAUUUCAACAAUCGAACGCAGCUCGUACAUCAACCGCAUAAGAUCACAAAAGCUUAGCUCAGGCAACAACCAAACGCGAAAUUCACCAACUCGCAUUUAGCGCAUGCUAAAACCAUCUAUCACAAAACGAAAUCUAGCGCAUGCACAAACCCAAAAGAUCAAUAGCGCUGCCUGCUUAAAGCUUAAAGCUCAGCAUGGCCUCCACAACAACGACGAUGUCGCAAUGCAAAGACACAAACCCAACAGCAGCAACGGACGAUGAUUACAUAACCGUUGUUGAAGUCGACGAUCCCACAUCGUCCACCAAAGACACAAACCAUUUGAAGAAGCUAGUCAAACGGCAAAGUUCCGUCGCCGAAGACUCCUCAUUUAUUACAGUGCUGACCAUAAACGAGCAGCAACAAUUGUUGCAGCAGCAACAACAACAGCAACAGCAGCAGGUGCAAUCUGGGACGGAUGAGCCGGAGCAUGUGACCGUCUACCGUUUGCCAGGCGAACGUCUGGGCUUUGGGCUUAAAUUCCAAGGCGGCACACGCAACACGGAGCUGGUGCAAAAGCUGUACAUACAAUCAUGCGCCGCCGACAGUCCCGCCUCCAAGGUGGCCACCAGUUGGGGCCAUUUGCGCGAAGGCGACGAAAUCCAGAGCAUUGAUGGCCAUCAGGUAUCGCAAAUGACGCGCAUCGAUUGUGUGCGCUGCCUCAAGGAUAGUGUGGCCAUACAUCUGAUCGUGCGCAAUGGCCAUGGCCAAAAGCCACCUAGCGAGGAUGAACAGCAAUCGGAGGUGUCCAUUUCACUCAAUGCUCAGCCACCGCCGCCACCGCCAGUGCCACCACGCAAGCUGGUUAAGCGGCAAAACUCCAAGGAGGGAACUCCGGCCACAGUGCAGCUUGUGGUGGAGAAGCCACUGACACCGCCGCCAGAUGCUGAGUACUACAUCAAUCUGUUUGCUGAGUCAUUGAAAGCGGGCUCUGAGUCGGAUGACACAGCGAGCACCAUAUCCACUGUCAUUGAUAAGCUGUCCAUGGGCUCCAACUACUCAUCGGACACGGAGUUGGCCAGCAGCCUGAAUGGCCCCGAGCUGGCCAAGCUGGUGCAGCCGUUCACCCUACUCGAGGAGGAGUUUCAACUGGAGCAACCGUUGAGUCAGCCCAAGCUAAUCAUACCGGGCAACAAUUACGAGAAUGUUGAGUUCAAGACAGAAAAGGUCAAUGUCUAUGAAAAUGUGGAGCUAAAGAGUCCGCUGAGCACGCCGACGCCUAAGCCGCGCGUGCUGCUGGCCACCGUGGAGCCCAAGAAGCGUUCCAUUAUACCCAUGCCACGUAAGAUCGCGACGCCCAGCAAGUUGCCCAUCGAGGUGGCGCCGCCUCGUAUACCCACGGACUCGCCCACAACGCCCACCAAUGAGUCCCCCAAGGAGAUCAAAGAGUUCAGCACGAAGAUACCCAAGGCCAAGCUAAUUAGCUCCAUAGUCAGUCCGGGCUUUUCACGUGCCAAGACCGAAGGCGAGAUUAAGCUGCAUCUGCAGCCCGCUAAGCAGCAGUCACCGCAGCUCAAGUCACGCAUACCCAUUGUCACAACGCCAGUGCAGAAAUCCCCGCCAGCUAACAAAUCGAUGGCAACAUCAAUGAUAGCAUUGACACCGACAUCCCCGCUGUCAGCCAACUCCAACAUUCCUCGCCUGCUGCAGAAGCAAAAGUCGGAAACGGAUCUGAAGCUUGGCUUCUAUCGCAGCAAGUCCAAGGACUUCAGUCCCACCCCAGGGCAGCUGCGCGCGCCGUUGCAGCGCGCCAACUCUGCGGAGGCGCCAGCACGUUCGACACCUGAGCGCACUUUUAUACCUGUUCUGCUCAACAGUGGCUCGAGGAGCAGCUCCAACUCCACAGAGUCGCUUAGCUCCAUCUGCAGCAAUGGCAGCAAUGGUCGUUCCCCGAAGGGUCCCAAGCCGAAGCCGCCGGAGCGCGUUCAGUCGCUGCUGAAGACGCAAAUACCCAAACUGCAAUCGCUGCCAACGACGCCGCCGCAGCAGCAGCCCAAGCUGAGCAUGCAGACUUUUAGGCAAUCCUCGAAUGGCACUCCCCCUUCCACGCCCAUGAAUACGCCCUCGCCCACGAGCAAUCGUGAGAUACGCUUCAAGAUACAAACCUACGAGAGCAAGACGCAGGAUGAGGACAAGCUGCCCAGUCUGUUCGAUCUGGUGCACAAGCAGGAUGCCGUCGACAAGCAGGACGCAGCAGCCAAGCCUCAACGCGAUAUCGCUGCUCUUUUGGCUGCAGCCGCUGCCGAGGCAGCUGAUCUUGCCAGGGAAUCCCCGCCGCCCUUAGUCGUGGGCAAGUGCACAAAGAUUGUGGACGACAAUCAGACCAACACAUGCUAUUCGAGCUCCAGCAGCGAUGAGGACGAUGGCGAGCAGGACGACGUGGAUGCUGCUGAGCGCGAGUACAUCUGUGAGGAUGGCGAGAAGCUGGGUCCGCCGGAACUGAUCAACGGCCCAGGGCCCUCCGAGGCGUACUUCAAUAUGUAUUGGCAUUCGAAUAUGUUGCCCACUAUUGGAGAGGUUGAGGAAGAGUUCUCCUCGCUGGAGCCACAAUCCUUGACAAAUGGCCACCCGAGUGCGAUUGUCGAGGAGCUAAAGAAGUUGCCGCAUUACGUACCACCAGAAAAGGCAACGGCCAAAAUGGAAGCCCAAGCAGAGCAGACGCAAGCGGAGCUGGCUCAAGUCCAGAGCAAUGAUAAGAUUGUUGUACAUGCGAAAGCAGCCGGCGAUAAGGCUGACCAAUUUGUGGAAAGUAGCAGUGCUAGCACCGCCAGCACCGCCAGCACCACAACCAGCAGCACCGAGGAAACCAGCGAAAGCCGUAGCUCCAGCAGCAGCCAGAAGAGCUCCAGCAAGACCCAACGCACAAUAACCACCAAAGUGGUAACCACCAAGACAAGCAGCACCACAAGUAGCAGCAGCAGCAGCUCAAGCUGCUCCAGCUCCUCCAAUGCCUUUAUGAGCCCCUUAGCGGACAUAUCCUUCAAGCUGCAGCCCUAUGAGGAGCGCGAGGAGGCGCAGCCGGCCAUAACGACAACCAUACACGAAGAGCGUCGCGUGGUGCGUGAACAGCAAACGCUUAGCGAACUGAGAACCAAGGACGCUUUGACCGGCGAGGAGCAGCUGCUGACCAGCGCCGAGUCGAAAUCGAGUAGCGCGCGCUUCAAGAAAAUCAGCAGCAACGACAAUCUGCUCGACCUGGCCGAUGUCGAGCAGCUGCAGCCGUUGACUGCCACCGUCUCGGCGGAGACGUGUCUGAAGGAGCGCCUGGAGAAUCCACAGGAUAAACAGAGUAUUGAAACGGGUAUUUUGACAUUAUCCGAAUGUGGCAAACAGCUGCAGCUGUCCGACAACGGCGGCAUCAGCAGCUAUACCGAAUGCGAACAGACCGAGCAGCAAACCUAUUUGGAGGGUCAGCAGCUGCUUAACGAGUUGCCCGUCGACAGCGAUGCGCUGCCGACGCUUGAGCGCGAAUUCAGCGAGACCUUGACGGUGAGCAAGGACGGCGAGAAACAGGUGACCAAACGGCUGGAGCAGAGCAAAGACUCGCCUGGCAAAAAGGGCGCUAAGCUGCUGAAGAAAACGGACGAAGAGCGCCGCCUUGAGCAGGAGGCUCAGAAGAUUAUUGAGAGCUAUCAGAAAGUUAAGAAGGAGACGGAGAAGCUCUAUAAUCUGCAGCUGGCUGAUGAUGAGCAGGGCUUUGAUUUAAGCGCCUUCGAGCAGGCGGAGCCACACGUAGAACAGCAGGCUAAAGCACAGGCAGAGCAGCAGAUAGAGGCUCUAGUGGAGCAGCAGAUGGAGAAUGUAGUGGAGCAAAAGGUGGAACCUGUACUAGAGCAGCUCGAAUUACAGGCAGAGCAACUGUUGGUGCCUCCAGUGAAGCAGGAGACCAAGGCUACAGUGGAGGAGCCCGUUGAGCUUCUAGUAGAGCAGCCGGUUAAGCCGGAGGCAGAACAAUUGGUGAAGUCUCCAGUGGAGCAUGUUGAGCUUCUAGUAAUGCAGCAGAUCGAACCACAGACGGAACAAUUGGUUGCGACUCCAAUAAAGCAGGAGACCAAGCCUCCAGUGGAGGAGCAAGUUGAGCUCCUGGCAGAGCUGCAAGUCGAAACUUCAGUAGGCAAACAGACCCAGGCCUCAGUUGAGCAGCAAGUCAAGGCUCGAGUUGAGCAGCAAGUCAAGGCUCCAGUUGAGCAGCAAGUCAACGCCCUGGUGGAACAGCCAAAGGAUCAGCCGAAGCCAAUAGAAAACGAAAAUCAAGUUGCAGUAACUUCGCCCAUUGUUGAGGAUGAUCUGGGAUAUGUGCUGCAUAAGAACAUCAUCGAUGCACCAAAGCCAGAAAAGCUGAGCAAGACAGCUACGCCGAAGCCAGCUCCAAAGCCAGUGCCCAAGCCCAAGCCGCCAUUGCCAAGCAGCAAGCCCAGGAUGAGUCCAACUGUGGUCAAGCCAAAGACGGCGCCACCACCGGUGCCCAGCAAGCGGAGCGAACUGGGUUUGGGUGUUAAGCCAAAGCCGACACAGCGACGCAGCAGCCUAGAGCUGACGCCGCCCAAGCCGCUAGAGCGCAUCAUUGUAGGCGUGGAGCAGGUUAAUGAGAGCCCAAUCAUAAACCUGGCCAGCGUGGAUUUGCCCAAUGUGGCGCCAAAGGCUAUCAACGAUAAUCUUGUCGCCCAAGCAGUUGACCUGCUGCACGAUGAUCUGCACUUUGAGAGCCAUCGACUGCCGAAUGCAGAGAAACAGCGCGAGGUUGUGGGUCAAAGUGGGGAAUCCCUGACCGAACCCAAUGGCAAUGUGCUAAGUGCCAGCUCAUCGAUGACAUCAACAGCGUCGUCAUCGUCGUCCGUUGCAACGCCCAUAACAACGCCAAUUUUAGUAUCAGCGACGUCAUCGCUAGAUUCGGUCAAAAGCGUCAUCGAGGUCAUCAAUGGGCAUGCCAACGACACCGACGAGCCGAACGAGAGCAGCGACAAUGGACCAAGUGGAGACGACGAACAGCAGGUGGAGAAUGUGUCAACAACGUUGACGCUCAAUAGAGAACACGAAACAGAUCUUGGUACCCUUAACAACCACAACAACAACAACAACAUCGGCACAGUUAACAUCACAGCAACAGCUACAGCAGCAGCAGCAGCAGCAACUGGCAGCAAGAAGCCUCUACUGAUUUCGACCUUGACGUCCCCUUCGACUGCUUCGUCCACUUCGAAUUCGAGCCCAACGCUUGGUCAAAGUUUGCAGUCCAAGCAUAACAACAACAACAAAAUGGAGCUGCUGAGCAGCCCAGCAAUAGCAGCAACAACAACAACUACAGUAUCAGCAACAACUACAAAGCAGCUGCUGGUGCAGGACUAUCUGAGCUACGCCUCCCCACCGACCUAUUCACGUCUGCCGCCCGAUGGCCAUGAGUUUCCGCCCAACUUCAGUGAGCCGCUGAUAAUGCAUCCCAAGCUAAGCUUCGAGCACAACAACAACAACAACAGCAACAACAAACUGGAGGCUGCACCACCGCUGCCCAAGACGGGGCCGCCACCGACCGUGCCGCGUAAAAUGUAUCGCCAGGAUUUGGUUAUCAAUAUGGAGGAUGCGCGUCAAACUGCACGCGCCGCAGAGAGUCCGGGUGCAACGCCAUCUAGCGGCGGCGCCUUGCGCGAUUAUCAACGUUCCUUGAGCGCCAGUGCGCCACGCAAGCCCAGCGAUUGGCGCAAAGACGAAAAGUCUGAAAAAUCGGUGCGCGACAAAAUAGCCAUGUUCUCAUCCAGCAACGAAUUGGACGCCAUUGUGCCAGCUCCUACCGCAACCAGCUCCAGCUCCAGCUCCACUUCCACUUUCUCUCGCAAGCCGCUCAAUAUGAGCAGUGAGAAUUUGCUGGAGGCAGCCUCCUCCACGCCAGCGCCUUCUUUGAAGACGCGCGCCAUGAGCGUGGAGAACCUGAACGAUGCACAGCGUCAAUAUCAGCUGGCCAAGCAGCUGCCGCAGUUGCAUGUGGCAGACUCCAUGUACUCGCUGCACACGCUGAGCACGCCCAGCAACAGCAGCAGCGGAAGCAGCUACAGCUAUGCCUCCUUGCCACGUCGCACUCAUGGCGGCAGUGGCGGCGGCGUCUCUGCAUCUGCUGUGGAGCGUCGCAUCAGUUUCUCGGGCGAGGGCGAUGCGGCCACACGAAAGGCGGCCAUCACCAACAUAUUGGAGCAGCGGCGUCGCAGCUUGUCCAAGCUGCGCGGCCUAGUCAUACCGGAGCGGCCACAGCUGCUGGAGCCCAUACUGGAUCUGCCCGAAAUCAAGAGUCAAGUGAAGGCGGCUAGCGGCGAAGACUCCACGGACAGCGGCCUAGGCGAGACGCGUCCAUUGCGAAACGCUAACAGCAACAUCAUCAGCAACAGCAACAUUAGCAACAACAGCAACAACAACAGCAACAUAAAUGGCAGCAGCUAUCGCAGCUUCUUUACAGCCACACAGCGUCGUCCGCUGGAUACACAGCUGUCGCAGCCGCCAGCAAAGCCGCCGAGGACAUCGCUGGCCAGCGCCUUAAGCAUGCCCAGUCGACUGACUCCGUGCCAGCAGCAACAGUUGCAGGUGCAGCAGAAUUUCCUCGCUGAUCAGGAAAGCGACACAGAUUCCGUAUUCUCCAAUACAGCGCGCGUGCCCACGCCGCCAGAGAAAUUCGCCUUGACACGCACGCUCAGCUCGGAGACAAACACUUCGAUAGCCAGCUCGAACACCUCCACGUUGACGUCGGGCUCUUCGGCUGGGUCGCAGGCUAGCUGCAGCUCGCUGGGCAGCACGCCCACCGUGGAUCUGACGAGACGCGUGCUCAAGUGCCAGCUAAAUGGCAGCGUCAAUGGCAACAGCAACAGCAACGAGUUGGCCAACAGCAAUCGCAAGAGCAUCCUGGCUUCGGCCAAGUGCCGCAGCGCCAAGAGCCGUGGACAGGAGAACAGCAAUGACAACGACAACGAUAGCACCGAUGGUGAGGCCUGCGUCCUGAAUGGACGUCGGCUCAAGUCUAGCUACAAGCAACAGCAGCAGCAGCAGCAGCAGCAUCAGCUGCUGACCAAGCAACUGGUGGUGGACAAGCUGAUCAAUGUGGCUGCCUAUGUGGAGCUCACCUCGGAUACGGACGACAGCAGCCGGCGCUCAGAUACGCCGGCCAAGAUCAGUGCCAUGUUCAUCGAUGAGGAGCGCAAGGCCAGCUUUAAGGCCGAUCCCGCGCAGCAGGCCAAGCAGCGUGUGGAGCAGGCCAAGCCUGUCAUCUGCCCCUUGCCACAGCGCACGCAGACACCAAAGCUGGGCAACGCCAACAAGUCGCAGACCACAGCUGAGCUGCGCGAGAAGUUUGAGAGGAGCGCAGCGGCUGCUGCAGCUGCUGCCACGCCGCCCGUGCCGCUGCCCGUGCACAAGGCCAUUACGACGGUCGCCUUGGCCAAUGCGAAGCCACAUCAUGAACGCUUCAGUUCACUGGACUCGCUGGCCUCCAGCUCCUCGGGCGUCAGCUCCACCACACAGAAUGUGAGCACCACCCAAGAGACGGCCACAGAGUUUGGCAGCUUCUCAUCGUUGGGCAGCAAUCAGAGUUUGAUCACGGCACAAGAUGUGCAACAGAUUGUCGAGGAGGCUGAUCCGCCACUGAAGACACCAGAAGCCUUCAUCAUAGUCCUGCAGCGGGAUACGCCAGAGAGCAGCAUUGGCAUUACUCUAGCCGGUGGCUCCGACUAUGAGGCUAAGGAAAUAACCAUCCACAAAAUUCUGAGCAACACGCCCGCUGCCAAGGACGGACGCUUGAAGAAGGGCGAUCGCAUCUUGGCCGUCAAUGGCAUGAGCAUGCGUGGCCUAACUCAUCGUGAAUCGAUCAGCGUGCUAAAGACACCUCGUCCGGAAGUCGUGGUCGUGGUCACGCGCUCCGAAUCGCUGGUCAUCAAAACUCUAAACAAGAAACGCUCUUCGCUGGGUUCGCUCAGUUCACUAAAUGAGAAGCCAACUGAACUAGAUUACGAGCGUAAACGCAAUUACCACAAGGCAUCGCGAUCGCUCGAUCUGGAUCUGGACAUUGUGUCCAAUGAUGCCACAGUGCCCAGCACACCGAGCACACCCAGCACGGGCACGAGCAGUCCCCAGCAGCCAGCCAGCCUGCUGGAUGAGACGAACAGCAAUGAUGCGGACGUCACCAUUGCGGGCAUUCGCGCAAGGCGUCAGCUGUCUCGAGGAGAUGCAGCUAAGCUGAGCACCAGUGAGCUGCUGGAGCGGGCUGCAGAGGCGCGUCAUGCCAUUGCAGCCGAGAUACGUGCGCAGGCUGAAGAUGUGGCGUCUGGCGCUGGCGCGCGCUGCGUGGAAAUCGUCAAAGAUAGCUGUGGACUGGGCUUCUCCAUUGAAGGUGGCUUCGACUCGCCGUUGGGCAAUCGUCCGCUGAUUGUCAAGAAGGUGUUUAUGGGUGGUGCUGCCCAGAAGACCAAUCAGGUGCGCAACGGCGACGAGAUCCUCAGCAUUAAUGGUGCCUCAACGGCGCGAAUGACGCGCGUCGAUGCCUGGAACUAUAUGAAGCAGCUGCCGCUGGGACCGGUCAAAAUUACAUUGGCCUAACUUCUAUAUAAGCCAAUAACUUAAUAAUGAUAAUGCGCCACAAUUUUUUAGACGUAAGCGAGAAGAGUUUUGUUUCUGCAUUUAGAGAGCGAUCUUUAUACAUGUAAUCGUAAUCAUAUA